CUCGGAGUCCGCAUCGUAUCGCUGCACACGGGAGAACGGGGGGCAGUUAAAAGCCCCGGACAGCUUACCGUCCACAGCACGCUUUACCCAGGGAAGCUGUUCUCCGGUUUGUAGAAUGGAUUGACAAGUGGCUGCAUGAUUCCGUCGCCCAUCUGCAAUGGAAACGUGGCCGGCGGUGGCCUGGGUUCUACUGCUCGGUCUGCUAGCCGACUGGUUUAAAAGCAUUGAAUCCAGAGACUUCACAGUGCAAGAUAUCAUCUACCUUUAUCCUUCAACUACACCGUACCCUGGGGGGUUUAAGUGUUUCACCUGUGAAAACGCCAGAGAUAAUUUCGAUUGUAAUCGCUGGGCGCCAGAUCUGUACUGCCCUAGAGAAACAAAAUAUUGUUACACACAACACACAAUGGAUUCCUCGGGAGAAAGCGUAUCGGUGACCAAACGCUGCGCUUCUCUAGAGCAUUGCUUAGCUGCGGGCUGCCAAGAAUCAUCGCGUCGGGGUCAGAAGAUAUGCACUUCCUGCUGCGAAGGUAAUAUCUGCAAUUUACCGCUGCCCAGGAAUGAAACAGAUGCAGUUUUUUUACAUUCUCCUCUGAACAGUUCAAGAAGACACUUGAUAAGCAGCGUAACCUUCUUAUCGUCUUUAUACAUGUCGUGGUUUCUGUCGACGUAGUGGCUUUGGAAGCAGUUAUAGGCCGAAAUCCCCAUACGGAGAGAGUCUGUUUACACCGAGAACCGACCGAUAACACAGAGACGGUUCCUCUACAGGUAGAAUUUUACUGGAAUAGGCAUUCCUGUUAUCAGAUAAUGACUAUUUUAUGUCAAAUACUUAUUGACAUAAGAAUUUCUGUAUGGACUUCAAUGUGUACCCCUCCAGGCUCUAAGCACUUAUACUAUAGAAGACAAUCUCACAUUGUGCGCAUGGAAAAGGCGACCCGACCCAAGGAUAAGAGGAACUUGAAGAUCAAGGAUGGAAGCGGACAGUGCUAAUAUUUAGUAAUCGUUCCCAAAAAGUUGACUCUCCAGUGAGUUACCUUACUUUGCCCCUUUUCCUCUGUAUUUUAAUCAUGAAAGUAAC